AUGCUCGCACCCGUCGAUCAGAGCGCUCUCGAGUCGUUGCUCGGGCCUGGCCGAAUCGGGAUCCUGGAUGGAGGACUGGCAACAUACCUCGAAGAUGGCCUCAACUUUGAUCUCUCCAAAGGCCCGCUCUGGAGUGCACGUCUGCUCGAUGAGAAGGAGGACGACGUGAGUGGUGGCAAGGGGCAAAAGGGAAUCUUUGACGCUCAUUUGCACUACCUUCAAGCUGGCGCUGGCAUCAUCGGCACAGCUACCUACCAGGCUUCGCUCGAAUCAUUUGCAAGGGCCAACUACGAUCAAGCUUCUGCAUCACAUCUCAUGUCCAAGGCCGUAGACUUGGCAUGUCAAGCGCUGCACACCCACAACAUCAGCAACGCAAGCACUCCUUCAUCCUCGACCGGGACACCGCUGAUCAGCUUGAGUCUCGGUCCCUACGGUGGCAUGCUCAGCAAUGGAGCGGAAUACACAGGCGAUUACCGACGCACGUUCCUGCCCGACUCUGACCCUCGACGUGAGCAGCAACCUUCGCUCGAGGAGAUGGCAGCUUUCCAUCAGAGACGCAUCGAAGCGUUUGUUGCUCAGCCCAGCUGGCAGCAUGUCGGCGUUCUCGCUGUCGAGACUGUGCCACGGGCUGACGAAGCGCUUGCUUUCCGUAUCGCGCUGGAGAAUGUAGUUAGGAGCCAUCAGCAGCAAGGAAAGCAUCUCGAGAAGAAACCCGUGUAUAUCAGCACGGCCUUCCCAGACGAUCGGCGUCUGCCUUGGCCUCCUCUGGCUUCGACUUCAGCCGCCGCGGACCAAGACGACGAUGUCGACAUGGACGAGGACGAGGAUGAGGACGAUGCUGCAGAGCAGGAAGGCGCGGUACAGGAAGAGAUGAACUGGCUUGUCCAGAUCGUCACCGAUACGCAAGUGCAGGGUCAAGACUCGCUCUGGCCCAUCAGCGGCAUCGGCAUCAACUGCACAAAGCCCUAUCUGCUUCCCAAGCUGGCGGAGCGCAUGUCAGCGUCGCUCGUCACACUCAACCACCCUGCAAGCGAAGGCGGCAUCGAUCUUGAGCGCAAGAGGAUACACAUGGGUCUGCAGAAGCCACUGCUCUUCCUCUACCCUGAUGGAGGACUCGUGUAUGACGCCGUGCGCAAAAUCUGGCUCACACCUUCCAACGCUGGUGAGCUCGGAGGCGGCAAUUCGGCAGCUUCGUGGGCUUCGAACCUUAUGAAGCUCGCCAAGAGCAUCACGGCCGCGAGCGAGGCCAACUUGCCAGAUGUGUGGAGAGGCGUCUUCGUAGGAGGGUGCUGCAAGAGCGGCACCGACGAGAUCCGCGCUCUCUGCCAGUGUCGUUCAUCUUAG